UUGAACAGCUGAUCAUCUGUCAAAUGUGUGUUUUGAUGUCAGAAGAGGAAACAUAUGUUUCUUUUGACAAUUAAUUGAAGAAUUAAAUAAUGACAAGUUGACGGAAAGAAUUAUUUCUUUAAUUGUUAAUAUUUAAUACGUGCAAUUAUGAUUGAAAUAACUGCGAAAUUAAUAAGAGGACCCGUUUAUUUUUCGGGUGAAAUGAUUGAGUGUUUAGUGACGUUUAGCAAUCCUCAUAAUCCAAUUCAUCAAAUCUCACAAAGUCAUAGUGACGUUUUUGAAAGUUUGGCCUGGGCGAGUGCUCAAAUUCACUGUCAGUGUACAGCUAAUGGAAAAGUGGUUUUAAAAGAGAAAUUAAACACGAACUCGCAAUUGGCAGCGAUAAAUGCCAAUACGACUUUUGCUCCAUGGCAACAUGACAAUGGCCACGCUGUGAUGAAUACAAAACCUAAAAUAUUAUUUUGUGAUCUUAGGUUAUCGCCUGGCGAAAAUAAGACUUAUAUUUAUCGAGAAACAAUACCGAACGAGGCUCCACCUUCGUAUCGAGGGCAAGCUGUCAAAUACUCUUAUAAAAUUACUGUCGGUACUCAACGUGUUAACACGGCAAUCAAAUUACUCAGAAUACCAUUUAGAGUUCUUUCAUUAAGUGAAUUAUCGGAAAUAACUCCAUGUAAUGAUAGUGUAGAUCUAAGUCCAAAUAAUCCAUUUAUGGAAACACAACAUAGAGAAACGCCAUUGGACAUUGCGUUACAAACUCUUCAGAAUUUGACUGCUAGACGAAGUCCGAAUUUCUACAAUAUAACAAAUGGACGUGGACGAGUAGUACGUUUUUGUCUAUUCAAAAAUUCCUAUAAACUUGGCGAGGAUAUUGUUGGGACAUUUGAUUUUUCCAAUGCAACAGUCUCUUGUGCUCAGGUCUCGGUUUCAUUGCAAUCCGAGGAGCUUGUCAUGGAAAAAUAUCGACGUGGCAAAAGUUCAUUGCCAACAUUAGUCAGUUACAAUAAGCAUCAUGAAGUUUGUAUUGGUUUAAAAUAUUCCCAACUCGUAUUGCCAAUACCACUUCAUGUCACACCUGAUUUUAGUACCGAUUUAAUGACACUAAAAUGGCGUUUGCAUUUUGAAUUUGUGACGACGACAAAAUUAGUUGAAAUGCCAAAUGAAAAUACAACAAAUUGGCAGGGACCGGCAACACUCGAUGUUGAAACAAUGAUUUGGGAUUUGCCACUACAUAUUCAUCCAACUGCUUGUCCACAAAAUACUGCUCAACAAACAAAAUACAAUACAGUUAUCUAGUCUCGAUAUUAUUUACAAUAUAUUUUUCAAAUUCGAUAAUAAAAUAUUAUCUUUGCAAGAA